AUGGCAAUUUCUGCUCUAUCAGUAUUCAAGGGAAGACCUUUUGCUUCCUCAUUCAAUUCUCCUCUAAGAAGGAAACGAACCCACAAUUUUCCUGUAAGAUUUGCACUGAAAAACAACUUCAGCGCCGCCACCCCCUCCAUUGCUAUGAGUGAUGAUAACAGCAGAAGAAAGCUGCCCAUUUUAUUGUUUGAUGUGAUGGACACGAUUGUCCGCGACCCAUUUUAUCAUGACGUUCCAGCAUUCUUCCGAAUGUCGUUCAAGGAACUGAUUGAGUCCAAGCACCCGACGGUCUGGUGUGAAUUUGAAAGGGGUCUUAUUGAUGAGUCAGAGCUGGCUCGUAAGUUUUUCAAAGAUGAGAGGUAUUGUGACAUGGAAGGUCUCAAAAGCUGCAUGAAAAGAGGAUAUUCUUACAUAGAAGGGGUCGAAGAAUUACUUCAUUCUUUGAAGAAUGCUGGCUAUGAAAUGCAUGCUUUCACAAAUUAUCCGAACUGGUAUUUGAUGAUUGAAGAUAAAUUAAAACUCUCUACUUACCUAUCCUGGACAUUUUGUUCAUGUAUAUUUGGAAAAAGGAAACCUGAAGCUGAUUUUUACUUAGAAGUGAUCGACCACCUUAAAGUCCAUCCCAGUAGCUGCAUAUUCAUUGAUGAUAGAAUGAGAAAUGUUGAAGCAGCAAUUGAAGCCGGCAUCACAGGUAUUUUGUUCAAAAAUGCAGAAUUAUUACGGAAAGAUCUGUUGAUCCAUGGCAUUGACAUUUCAGAGAUUGAAGAUACCAAAACUCAAGAUGUAGCAGCUGAACCUUUGGAGUAA